AAAAUUUACUUCUCGAAUUAUAUUCGUAUCGCACGGUUGCAAGGGCGGUGUAAUAUAAGUAAACUUUAUCAUAUCAAUUUAAUAUUAUAAUUAUAUUAAACAAUUUAGUAUUCUGAAACGUAAAAUAGUAAAGUGAAUAUCGAUAGUUAACUCAGAAUGAUUAUUAUGGAUAUGUACGAGACGGCAAGUUGGUGGACGUUAGCUAUCGCUGUUCAGAUUGUUAUCGGAUCUAUAUUCUUAUGGCGUAAAAAAUUAAAAAAACCUGAAGUAAUUUUGACUCAAGAGAAAUUGUUGCAAUGGAAACCUUUGCCUUUAGUAGAUUGUGACAUUUCUGUGGAUGAACCUCCUAUGAUGGGUAAAAUUGAUGAAAAUGUGCUUAAUGUUGGCGCUACCAGCUUUCUGUGUCUGGAUAAGGAGCAGUCUAUCAUGAAUAGCGCUAUUAACUCAUUGCAUAAAUAUGGAGUUGGAUCCUGUGGACCAAGAGGAUUUUAUGGUACAAUAGAUGUGCAUUUAGAGCUUGAAGAAAGAUUGGCAAAGUUUUUGCAAGUAGAAGAGACUUGUGUGUACUCAUAUGGAUUUUCUACAAUUGCAAGUGCUAUUCCAGCUUAUGCUAAGAAGGGCGAUAUAAUUUUUGCGGAUGAAAAAGUGUGGUUUGCUAUUCAGCAAGGUUUUGAAGCUGCCCGUAGUACUGUCAAAUAUUUUAAGCACAACAACAUGGAUGACCUAGAAAGACUAUUACAAGAGGCAGCUGACAAGAAACAAUUAAAUCCAAAAAGGCGAGCAUUCCUUGUCGCUGAAGGGAUUUACUUUAACACAGGAGAGAUGUGCCCACUACGACGGCUGGUUGAACUUGCUAGAAGAUUUAAGUUAAGGAUCAUAUUGGAUGAAAGCUUGACAAUUGGGGUUAUAGGAAAACACGGUCGUGGGCUGACAGAGUAUUUGAAUGUGCCUCGAGAUGAGAUCGACCUAAUUAUUGGCUCUCUCGAACAUUCAUUUGCAACCAUUGGUGGAUUCUGCGCAGGAACCCAUUUCAUUGUUGAACAUCAGAGGUUAUCUGGUUUAGGAUACUGCUUCAGUGCGUCACUCCCACCAAUGCUGACGCAAGCAGCAAUAUCUGCCCUCGACAUAAUGGAAAAACAACCCAGCAUUAUGUCUGAACUCGAUGAUAACUCAAGGAAACUUAAUAGAGCUUUGGAAAACCUUAAACACUACACAUUCCGUGGUUCGGACGUAUCGCCAAUAAAGCAUAUUUAUCUCAAAGACAAUUUACCAGAUACGUUAAAGACGGGAUAUCUCCGAAACAUAACGCAUUACUGCCUCAAUAGAGGAGUAGCGUUUGCAGUGUCGGCGUAUCUGCGUGACGCGGAAGUCAGUUGUCCAGAUCCAUCUAUUCGAUUGGCCUCGAGUAGGAAGUUAAAUGAGAAAAAUAUUGCUUUAAUUUGCUCCUUACUCGAUGAGGCAUACGAAAAAGUUGGGCCCAAAUCCGAAGAAAAACCAAUGAAUUAGGUAAGACCUGCGUAUCAGAUGCGAGACUUGCGUGAUUCAAAAUACAGCGUACGGAAGUAAUAGCGCUACGCGACUCUUAAUUCUUUCCCUAAAUACGGGUACUAUACACUUCUGGAUAUAAACGCGUAAUUGUUAUUUUAUUUAUUGGUCACCUUACAUGUGUUAUUUAUAACCAUUGAAGUAUUGCUUAUUAAAAAUCCAAAAUAAAGUAGUCAGAAAUAAAAACAUAAUUAUGUUAUGGAAAAUAUGUAUAUCGAAAAAGAUUAUGUUAAAAAUAUAGGUAAGAAGAUAACCUUAUAAGAAAAAUAAAUUCAUUAGUCAGGAUUCAUACUAGCGGUUAAAUAAAAACUAAAAUAUAUGAUAUUGUCUAUAAAUAUUUAAUAUAUUAUUUAUGCCAAUUAUUGACGUUAAUAUGGCAACAUUUCAAUAGACAAUAUCAAUGUGUGCCUUUGGCUGCCCACGAUUGCUGGAACUUACACGAAACGUCGAGUUAUGUUAUGUCAUAAAUUUACGUAUAUAUUACAGAAGUUAAUUAUAUAUAAUAAUUUAAAUAAUUGCACUAAAAACUAUGAUAAAUAUCGUUUAUAUAUUUUAACAUUUAAAAUGUUUCCGUGAUUUUGACAAAGGAAAAUUUGUCGGCGUACGUGGUAGAAAAACUUAUAAUGGUUGAUUAUAACACUAAAAGAUUUUUCAUACAAAUCGUUUAUGAAAUUAUAAGUAAUUAAUAAUAAUAAUUAAUUUAAGUAGACAAGUGAGGCCAAAUCGUUAUUAUUGUGUUAAAGUAACUUUUUGUCUAAGGCAUGGUCUACAGAUAACUAAAUUUUAUAAAGAUCUUUGGUAUAAGAGUUAAUUGUUAACCUUAUCUGUAGAUCGCCUUCAUAUGGACUAUGAACCUUUAUUAAAGAUUAUGAAGAUAUAAACAAAAGAUUCGAUAGCUAUAGGUUUUAAUACAAUCUAUGAAUAAGAAUAAUCUUAAAAUGUAUUCAGAAAAUCAGUAACCGGUACAUAUCAUAGACAUAUGUUUAUGUUGCAUUUAUAUGAUUAUUUUGUCUCACAUUUAUUUUAAUGUUUUUUUUAUAAUAAUUUUAAGG